AUGUCGACAGCUUCUGGAUACAAGAAUGUUGCGUAUUUUGUCAAUUGGGGUAUCUAUGGACGCAACUACCAUCCUCAGGAUUUACCAGCUGAUGUGUUAACUCACAUACUCUACGCUUUCGCCAACGUCCACCCAGACUCUGGCGAAGUCUAUUUGACAGACACAUGGUCAGAUACAGACAAGCACUACGAGCACGACUCAUGGAACGAUGUCGGCACCAACGUCUACGGCUGUGCGAAACAGCUCUUCCUACAGAAGAAGAGGCAUCGCCAAAUGAAAGUGCUUCUCUCGAUAGGAGGAUGGACAUACUCAUCCAACUUCGCCCAACCUGCGUCAACACCCCAAGGGCGAGCAAGAUUCGCCAAUAGCGCAGUGGACAUCAUGAUGAAUCUCGGCUUCGACGGCAUCGACAUAGACUGGGAAUACCCCCAAAACUCCACUCAAGCAAACGACAUGGUCCUCCUGCUCGCUGAGACCCGCAAAGCGCUCGACGCCUACGCUACCGAGCACACUCCCGGCGUUCAUUACCUACUAACCGUCGCCUCGCCCGCCGGCCCGGAGAACUACAACCGCCUCUGCCUCGCCAAGAUGGACGCGUACCUCGACUUCUGGAACCUGAUGGCGUAUGAUUACGCCGGAAGCUGGGAUUCGACCGCCGGGCACCAGGCGAACUGGAAUCCGGGUCCGCGGAACUCGACAUGCACGCCGUUUAGCACUGCUCAUGCGUUGCGCGAUUAUAUCGCUGCGGGCGUGCCUGCGGAUAAGAUUGUCGUGGGUAUGCCGCUGUACGGACGUAGUUUUGCGAACACGGCGGGGCCAGGGACAAGUUAUCAGGGGGCAGGACAGGGCACGUGGGAGGCGGGUGUAUAUGAUUAUAAAGCGCUUCCUGCUGGGGGGGCGAGUGUGCAGAAUGAUCUGAAUGUCGGGGCGAGUUGGAGUUAUGAUGAGGGGAGUAGGCUGAUGGUGAGCUAUGAUACGCCAGAGAUGGUGGAAAUGAAGGCCAAUUUGAUCAAGGAGAUGGGACUUGGCGGGGCGAUGUAUUGGGAGAGUAGUGGGGAUCGGAAGGGGGAGGGAAGUCUGAUUUCCACAUUUGUGAAAAGCAUUGGCGGUAUCGGUGCGCUUGAUCAGAGUCCCAAUAUUGUGGACUAUCCGGCCAGCAAGUACGAUAACUUGCGCGCUGGAUUCCCGAACGAAUGA